CAAUCAUAAAUUAUCUGAACUAAAAAGUACAAUACAGUGAUACAUUAUUUCUUAAGAAAGUCCCUUGUGUAAGCAGUUUCAGUUUGUGUUUACCUAUAGUGUUUUUAGUUGUAUACUGUUACUAGGUUGAGCUGAAAGCUCAAUAAUCGACCUCGAAUUAUAUAUUUUUCUCAAUAUUUUAAUGACGCUUUAAGAUUUGGUUCCGAUCUGUUGUACAACAAAAAUGUAGAGUUUCCGAUUUCCUAUUAUUAAAAAAAUAUUACGUUAGUUUUCAAGAUAAGAAUUUCAUUUCGUGCCAGUCCAUCGGACAAACUUUAGACAUGUUAUCGAGAUUUCAUCAUUAUCAUGGUUCUAAUAUUAUAUUAUUCGAAGACAACACUGUUGCAUUUAGAAAAGCAAGUUUUGCUCAUGGCUUAACUUUUAGUGAGAAACCAUUAUUGCCCGGCGAAAUAUUCCUUGUGGAGAUCGAAAAAACAGAGCGCGGAUGGAGCGGUCACAUGCGACUUGGGUUAACAUUGCUCGACCCGCAAACUGCGGCAUUAGGGCACAAAGGAUUACCGCAGUAUGCACUUCCUGAUCUAGCUAACACUGGUAUGUCAUGGAUAUUCCCAAUUUCAAAGUCACAAAACAAUGUACUCAUUGAAUUAGUGAAUCAAGGAACAAGUGGGCGGAGAGAGAAUGAGCCUCGUGUAUCUGUAUUAGGAGAUGGUCAUAGUGUUAGAACACCGAGAGGUUACAUUUCUAAGACAGUACUUAGGCCACAGACAGUAGCACAAAAUGGAACACCACAAGGUAUUCUACCCAUGGACGCUGGUAGUCGCAUAGGUGUUAUGUUUGUUCCAUGCCCUAAAGUGAAUAAAGAUGAGAGUGAUUUAGCUGAGAUGCAUUUCAUAAUUAAUGGUGAAGAUCAAGGACCAUGCACAAAGGCUAUACCUUACACAAGAGGACCUUUGCAUGCUGUUGUUGAUGUUUAUGGAACAACAAAACAAGUCAAGAUUGUUCAACUAUAUGGUGUAAAAACACUCCAGAAUGUGUGCCGGGAUGCAAUAUUACAAUAUGUGAACAAUGGCUCAGUGAAGUUGCUGCCAUUGCCUAAAUGUUUAAAAGACUUUUUAUUAUCGUAAAGCAGUCACAGAAUAUUGUUUCUAAUUCAAGGAGCUUUUUUAAUGCCAAUGACAUUACAAAAAGUUUUCAUUCUCAGGUUUCUGUCUCAUCUAUAAAAAUAGUGGAUUUGUAUUAGUUAAUUGAUAACAAAUUUUUAUGUAAUAU